AUGGCGAAGAAACAAGAUACUACUAUCUGCUUAAAUGACGAUGAGACGUUGAGCAGCAAGGCGACAAUACGGAUACCGGCGUUCUGGCCAGAAGACCCUGAGCUAUGGUUUGCACAGCUGGAGAGUCAAUUUGCUAUCUGCGAGAUGAAAAGCGACGAAGCAAAGUACGCGUACGUGCUGUCAAAGUUAGAACCACGACAAGCAAGGGAAGUUAAGGACGUAAUAACACAACCCCCGUCAGGAAACAAAUAUGCAGCGAUCAAAAAGGCAUUGAUACAACGCCUGACCGAUUCUCAAGAACAGCGAAUUCGGCAACUCCUGGAACAGGAAGAGCUAGGAGACAGGAAGCCAUCGCAGUUCCUACGCCAUCUGCAAACCCUCGCUGGUACCACCGUGUCAGAUAGGCUGCUGCGAACGCUAUGGCUCGGGCGACUGCCAUCACAGGUACAGGCCAUUUUGGCAACAAGAGCCGAGGACGAGUUGAGCAGCGUCGCCGAGCAAGCAGACAGGAUACAUGAAAUAAGCAACCGAGCAGUCGUCCUAGCCACUACCCCGCAUGCAGCAGCAGCGGUAGCAACGCAGGCAACGACAACGGCAACCACAACAACGUGCCAAAUUAAGGCACUCACGAAGCAGGUCGCGGCACUCACCGCACAAAUGGCUAAACUUAUGAAGCAGGACAGAGCCCGAUCUAGGAGUCGUUCAAGGAGCCGACCUAGACGAGGCGAAUACAGGGACAAGGACAUCUGUUACUACCACCGACGAUUCGGUGCAGAAGCUCGAAGGUGCGCACAACCCUGCGCGUUCAAGAAAAAAAACGAAGAGGGCAGUCAUUAA